AUGGCCAAGAUAAGUGAUCAUGAUGAUGUUAGUGAGAUUGUUGAAAUUGAUUUUGAAGUCGGACAUAGUUCUAUAAUUCGAUCAGAAGCCACAACUAUUCAUAAUCCACCACGUACUCAUGAUUGGAAAGUAUAUUUACGUGCAGUCGAUAUUAAUGGUGAUUUAACUUGUCUGAUACAACGUUGUGUAUUUUAUCUUCAUCCUGAAUAUCCUAAUAAUAAACGAGAAUUAAAAUCAACACCAUUUGCUAUUCAAGAAACUGGCUAUGCUGGUUUUCAUUUACCAAUCGAUAUAUAUUUUAAAACAAAAAAGGAACCAAAAAAAUUUCGUAUUGAAUAUGAUCUUGAUCUACAUAAAAAUAUUGAUGGACAUCCAUAUCGACAAAAAGAAAGUUAUGUACGCAAAUAUCGUUGUACUUUUUAUAAUCCUGAUUCUGAAUUUCGUCAAAAGAUUCUUGCUGCUGGCGGUAAAAUAGUCGAUAGUGGUCCAAUAGCAUCAAAUAAUACGGAUACUGAUGAAAGUGAUAUAAAUGAAAAACAAGUAUCAAUACAUGAACCAGUUAUUCGUCAAUCUCCACAACAAAAACGACCUAGUUCACCAGUAGCAACAGUAAAUGUAAUUAAUAAUAAAAAAAUUAAACUUGAACAAUCAACAAAUGAUAUUAAGAAAAAACCAGUACAAUCAAUAAUUAAGAAUGAAAAUAUUAGUAAAACAACAGUGAAUUCUAAAUCAUCAAAAUUAGUAUCACAUAAAUCAUCAUCUAUAUUAGAAACGAAAACAACAAAAAAUUUAUCAACUAAAGAAUCAAAUCAACCAACAACAACAACAACAACAACUAAUAAUGAUAAAACUGAGAAUCUAUCAUUAUCUAAAACACGUCCAUCAACAAAAUUAAUUAAAUCUCAAUCAACUAAUGAUAUUAAAUCUUCUAUUCAAUCAAUAUUAAAUAAUACUAAAAAGAAAGAACAAAUUCUUUCUCCAUCCAAACCUAAACCAGUUACAAAUACACAAAAUGGAUUAAAAAAAUCAAUAAAUAAAAAUUCUCAAAAAUCUUCAAUUAAAACAGAACAAACAUUAACUUCUACAACUAAAUCAUCUUCAAAUAUUAUUAUUAAACAAGAAUCAUUAUCACAAUCAUCAUCAUCAACUAACAUUUCUUCAAAUAAUACAAAUACAUCAAUUCCAAAAAAUAAUUUUAAAAAAAUUCCUAAAAAACCUCUACCACCACCACCACCACCACCAAUUGUAGAAAAACAUUCUCGUUCAUCGAUAUCUUCUUCAUCAUCAUCAUCAUCAUUAAAUCGAAAUUCAAUUCGAGAUUCAAAAGGACAACAAUUAUCAGUAUCUAAAACUCAAUCAAAUUUAAAACGAGAUCGUUCUUUAUCAUCUAUUAAUAUUUCUAAUAAUAAUAAUAAUAAUCAAUCACGAAAAACUAAUAUUACUAAAAAUCAUUCAAUACAUCAAUCUUCAAAUUCAUCUCAACAUGAUAAAUCAAAUCGUAUUUCAUCAUCACCUCAUAAAUCAUCAUCAAAAAAUCAAAUACCAACUCCUCCUAAAUUCAUUCAUAGUCCUUCUCAAUCUCAUAUUGAUACACCUCAAUCAUCAAGUACUAAUUCACCACCACCUUCUACUCAAAUCUUUCAAAAUGAAGAUAAUCAUAUUCAAGCUUCAAUGGAUAUUGAUAAUGAUCAUCUUCAACUUUCAGAUGAAUCUAAUUCACCUCAUGAACAAAUUCUUGUUCAACCAAUACAAAUAACAUCAAAUCAAAUAUCUCAUUCAGAACAAUCAGAUACAAAUGAUAGUGAUAUAUCAAUUGAUGAUAUUAAUGAAGAAGAAGAAGAUGAAGAAGAAGAUUUACCAACUAGUCUUACUAAUGAUGAUUUACGUUAUAAACUUAUAUAUAUUUAUAAACGUUUUCAAUUAAAUUCAAUAAAUGAUCUUACAAUAUUUGUUCGUUUUUUUAAACGACAUCAAUUAAUUGAUAUAUCAUCAUUAUCAAUGACAAAAGCAAAAAAUGAUAUGUUUACUUAUGAUCUUUUUUCUCUUAGUCCAUCACAUAUUGGUGAAUUAGCAAAUGAUCUUGGUUAUACAACAACAAAUAUUAUUAAUUCCAAAGAGCAGUAA